AUGAUUUACAAACUAGUUGAAGCAAAGUAUGCUAGUAUUUCAGAAUUAUUGUCUUUAUUCGAAAAUGAUACAAUAUUUUAUCUUUGGCUUGCUCCGGAGAUAGAAGAGAUAAAUCCCGGAAGUUUCAUGGAACUGAAGAACGUAAAUAAGUAUCUUUUACAAAAGAAGAAAUCGUUUUUUGAAAAUAAUUUUAAAUUACUAAAAGAUUAUCGAUUAGGACAAGGAAAUGAAGAUGCAUUAGCAGAUAUACUUAGAAAUGAUGAUAUUGAUGCAUUACAAGUAUGUUUUACUAAUCCAAAUUUUGACAUCAACAAAACAAUUCAAUUUUCAAUUUUUUUCAAAGAAUUUUUCCUUCAAAGGAAGCCUUCAUUGAUACAAAUUGCCGCUUAUUAUAAAUCAGUUAAGUGCUUCAACUUCUUGAGAUUGAAUGAAGCUGAUUUAAUGAAAGAAGAUUCAUUUGGAAGAAAAUUAACUUAUUUUGCUGUUGCUGGAGGAGAUUUGAAGAUUAUUGAUAUUUGUGAAGAGUCAGAACUAGAUUUUACAGGUGUUUUGAAUGUUUGUGUUCAAUUCCACAAUCUAGAAUUACUAAAAUGGCUGAUUGAAGUUAAAAAAAUCAAAGGAAUUGAAGAAGCAAUUUUAGAAUCGUGUUUAGAUAAUGACAUCGAAUGUCUUGAUUAUUUAAUAAAGAAAUCAACAAAUAUUAAUGUUGUUAAUGACAAGAACUCUAAUGCAUUUCAUUUAGCAUGCGCAAGAAACAAUUUUAUGAUAAUUAAAUUGUUAAAUCAUUAUGAUGUUGACCCAAAUCUUUUAAAUGUUAAUGAUGUGACACCAUUAAUGCUUGCAAUAUUAAGGAAUCAUAGUGAAUCAAUUGAUGAAUUACUUAAUAAUAAAAGACUAUAUCUUGAAAAGAGAAAUUCGAAAGGAGAGUCUGCUUUGAUGAUUUCGAUUUCGUCAUCAAAAAUUGAAACAAUUAAAAACUUAAUUUCAAAAGGUGCUGAUAUAAAUACUAAAGAUAACUUUGGUUUUUCUUGUCUGCAUCAAGCAAUUAUAAAUAGAAGAAUAGAUUGUAUAGAGUACUUCUUAGAAAAUGGAAAAAUUGAUAUAAAUAUACAAGCAAAUGAUAAAUGGACACCUCUUCAUUAUGCUGCACAGUUUGGUUUUGCAGAUAUAACGAAAAUUCUCCUAAGUCAUCAUGACAUCAAACUAGUUUAUGAUGAAAAUGGAGAAUCACCAAUUGAAAUUGCAAAGAAAAAUAAAAGGCAUGAUGUCCAUCAACUUCUAAUAAAUCAUUUCAAAUAA